AUGUCUCUCGAUCUUGUUCGCCAAUAUAUUCAAACGGCUCUGGCCCACCUCCCCGACCCGGCCCAGCAAUGGCUGCGCAACCCAACCAUCCAGAAGGUGCUGGCCGUCGUGGUCGCGCUGGGCCUGUUGCGCUCCGCCAACCGUUGUCUAUCGCAGUGGGCUUUGAACAAUUGGCGGCGCAGUGACCCAUGGCGCUCCACACGCGAGUUGGUCUUGUUGACCGGUGGGUGCAGUGGAAUUGGUCGCCAGGUCAUGGAGGAUCUGGCGCGGACGGGCGUGCGAGUGGUGAUUCUGGAUAUCAACGAACCAACCUUCCAAUUGCCGGCCAAUGUCUCGUUCUAUCGUGCCAAUAUCACCUCCUCGGAGAAUAUUGCCGAUGUGGCCAAGACGAUUCGGAGCAACCAUGGCGAACCUACGGUGUUGAUCAACAACGCUGGCGUCGCCUACGAAGGCACGAUUCUGGAGAAGCCCGAGGCCAAGAUCCGCCAGACUCUCGAUGUGAACACCUUCGCGCACUUCCUGAUGGUCAAGGAGUUCCUGCCGGCCAUGGUCCGCGCCAACCAUGGCCACAUCAUUACCGUGGCCAGUAUGGCCAGCUUUGUUGGACUGGCCGAGAUGACCGACUACUGCUGUUCCAAGGCCAGUGCUCUGGCCUUCCACGAGGGUCUCCGCCAGGAAUUGCGGUUCUGGUACAACGCGCCCAAAGUGCGAACGAGUGUGAUCCACCCGAUGUGGGUACGGACGCCCAUGAUCAAGAUGCUCACCGACCACGAAAAGCAUUUCAGGCAACCCAUCAUGACGGUGCAGGUGGUCUCGGAUGCCAUCUGCAAGCAGGUCCUAACGCAAAACAGUGGCCAGAUUAUCCUGCCCGCCAGCCAAUCUGUGGCUAGCACGAUUCGGGGCAUGCCGGCGUGGAUGCAGGAGGGCAUUCGUGCCGUCGUGUCGCAGAGCUUCCGGAAACUCCGGCACGCGCAGCAACAGGAGGCGUCGUAG